AUGGGCCGCCUCCUUCCAGGCAUCACGGCCUAUAACUGGGCGCUCGUGAUGCUCCUUGCUACUGGUCCUAUGGCAUGUGGUUAUUCCAUGUCCUGUCUCAGCGGCGCGAUCGGGCAACAUGGCUUCUAUGUGGCCAUGGGCUACACCGACGACCCCAGUGACGCUGGUUAUAAGCGCACCUCACAUUUCCUCAGCGCCGCCUCCGGUACAUUUAUCGGAGGAGCCUCUAUCGGGGCUGUCAUGGCUGCUUGGGCUGCAGAUGCUCUGGGCCGCAAGCUCAGUUUACAACUGACUACGCUGAUCUACAUGCUCGGUGGUUCCCUUCAGAGUGGUGCAGUUAACCCGGCCAUGUUUCUUGCGGCGCGAGUCUUGUCUGGCAUUGGCAUGGGCUCCCUGCUCGCUGUGGCGCCGAUGUACCAGGCUGAAGUCUCGCCUCCAGAAUCACGCGGGUUCAUGGUCGCCAUGACUGGUUUCAUGUUUGCUAUCGGCAACUCACUCUCUUGCUGGAUCAACGUGGGCACGUAUUUCAAAGGUGUCAAUGACCCUGAAUCCGGGUUUGCCUGGCGUUUCCCCCUGGCAGUCCAGGUAUUGCCCACCUUGAUCCUAUUGCCCGGAUCUCCUAUCCUACCGGCAUCUCCCCGAUGGCUCAUUAUGAAAGAGCGCCGCGAAGAAGCAGAGACUGUCAUCCGCAUACUCCACGGACACUUGGGAGAUCAAGCUGGGGAGUACGCAAAGCGCGAAUUCAAUCAGAUGUCCAGACAGAUCGCGUUCGACUCGAGUGUUUCGGAACGGAUUGGAUCCUUUCCUAUUAUCAGGACAGCCUCCAACCGAAAACGGGUCUUCUUGGCCUUCAACCUGCUUUGGGGCACUCAAUUCCUGGGGUUGACCACCGUGGGCAUCUAUGGAGUUUUGGUGUACCAACAGCUGGGCAUGACGGGCCCCAUGCCACUGAUUCUCCAGGCCAUCUGGGUCAGUAUUACAAUGCCAGGAAACUUCAUCAAUGCCGCCCUCGUCGACCGAGUUGGCCGUCGUCCUCUACUCCUGAUCGGCACCUGCGGGAUCCUGAUGUGUGUGAUCCUGAACUGCAUUCUCCAAAGCCUGUAUCUCGAGCGGAACUUUCGACCAGGACUCAAGGCCUCCAUAUUCCUGACGUAUUUGAUGAUCUGCUUCUGGUGCACGUGCAUCGACGCCACUCAAUUCGUCUACAUCUCUGAGAUAUUCCCCAGCUAUAUCCGCGCGCAGGGGCAGGCGGUUGGCACAUUGGGAUUGACACUGUCUAAUGUGAUCCUGCUGGUUGCCGCGCCAAUCGCCUUGGAUGUCAUCCACUGGAAGUUCUACUUCGUCAAUAUAUCCUGGACCGUCGUGUUUAUCCUCACCAUUUUCUUUCUCUACCCGGAGACCAGUGGCAAGUCGAUCGAGGACCUCAGCGCCACCUUCGGAGACACCGUAGUUGUCAGCUUCGAAGACGCAGUGUCAGAUGACAACGAGGUUGUCCAAAGAGAUGAAAAGGUUGCUUUAAACGAUACAUAUCAGGAGAUUGAGGUUUUCAAGUGA